AUGGUGUCAAAGGCCAUGCGAUGUGCUGCCGAAGCAGCAAGAAAGGCGGUUGCACGCAUGCGUGCAGCCGAAGAGAGUUUUUCUAUUGCUUCAGCAGCAGGUGAUCCUUCGCCAACUGUUGCGAUUCAGAAUUGGGCGGUGCCUGUUGUAAACAGUCCACGCGGUGAGUCACCACGUGCGACAGAUACAUCCGCUGCGUCUGCAGCGGGUGCUGCGAUUCGCGAUGUGGAUGAGCCUGAGAUAGAGCUGAUCUGUUCUAGCGAGUCGGAUGAUGCAUCCGAGUUGAAGGCGGCGCCUCCCGCCUCCGGAUCAUCCGGGGCGGACACUGCAAGAGCCAGAUUGUCUGGCUCUGGUCAAUGUGGCGGCAUCAUGCUCGAGAUCUUCAGAUCGAGCAAUUGUUCCGACGAAUCCUCGCCUCACGCGAGUUCACCCGACGAUAGGUUGCGUGGUGAUGGUGGCGAUGCCUCUGAGCAUCGCCACGAGCGAAUUAACUCGAGAGACCGAGCUGCCACUGGUGUCAGUGUGGUGAAGUCGAUCUCACAAAAUUGCUUGUAUGAGUGUCGAUCUUCCACUUGCCCAGACUUGCCGACUCACGGAGGGGGUACUCCGAUCCGUGCCUUGCUGUAUGACCUUGUGCUCACCUUGUGUACCCGUCGGUUGGGCUGGCUUGAGCUCUUCGUAACGGCCUUGGGAGAUGUCGAUCUCGCUGAGAGGUUGGGUUGA